AUGAUAUAUCUAAAAAUGCAUAAUAUGCAUAAUAUGCACAAUUUAUUAUGUACUAGUAUCUCUCGUGCCAUCCACAAUGUAAAAGUUUUCAAGCAACAAAGGAGAUGGAUAUAUUCAUCAAAAAUAUGUUUUGCCGCACAGAUAACGACGGACGUGGAAUAUGAUAUAUCAGUUGAAGCUAUUCGUAAUUUUAGCAUAGUAGCACAUGUCGAUCAUGGCAAAAGCACACUCGCAGAUAGGCUACUGGAAUUAACAGGUGCUAUAAAAGUGAACUCUGGGAAGCAAGUUUUAGACAAUUUGCAAGUUGAAAGAGAACGUGGAAUUACCGUGAAAGCACAGACAGCUUCGUUAAACUACAUGUAUCAAGGAAAGAAACACUUGCUAAAUCUUAUAGAUACACCAGGUCAUGUGGAUUUUUCAGCAGAAGUUCAACGAUCAUUGUCUCCCUGUCAAGGGGUUAUACUAUUAGUUGAUGCAAAUGACGGAAUCCAAGCUCAAACAGUAGCUAAUUACUAUCUGGCACGAGAGAAAGAUCUCGUAGUGAUACCAGUAAUUAAUAAAAUAGAUUUGAAGAAUGCCAAUCCUGAAAGAGUACAGAAUCAAUUACAGGCAUUAUUUGGCAUAGAGGAUGUAGAUGUCAUCAAAAUAUCCGCUAAGUUAGGUAUUGGAAUCGAUAAAGUUUUAGAUGCUGUUGUUGAAAAAAUUCCACCACCCGUGGUAUGUAGGGACGAACCGUUCAGAGCGCUAAUAUUUGAUAGCUGGUACGAUAAACAUAAGGGAGCAAUUUCUUUAAUUUAUGUCAAAGAUGGACAAUUGAGUGUUGGCAAAUACAUUACUUCUACAUAUAUGAAGAAAUCAUAUGAAAUUAGAAAUAUUUCUCUUCUUAGACCUCGAGAAGAAAAUGUGAAGACAAUAUUUGCAGGACAAGUAGGCACUAUAUCGUGCAAUAUGAAAUCUAAGGAAACUCACAUUGGUGAUACUUUGUAUCUCCGACAUCAAUCUGUCGAUUCUUUAGAAGGAUUUAAACCACCCAAACCGAUGGUAUUUGCAGGAGUAUAUCCAAUGGAUCAAUCACAAUUCAUAUCUUUGCAAGCAGCUAUUGACAAACUUACAUUAAACGACAGUGCUGUAACUGUUGCACUAGAAUCAAGCGUCGCACUUGGAAGAGGGUGGCGUCUUGGUUUCUUGGGCUUACUACAUAUGGAGGUUUUCAGUCAGCGACUUGAACAAGAAUAUGGGGCGCAGCCAAUAAUUACAGCUCCCGCCGUUACGUAUAAGGCAAAACUUUUUGGCAGUAAAAGCAUAGCGAAAUAUCAAAGCGAUACAAUAACUUUUAAUAAUCCAACGCAUUUUCCAAACCCACAAGUUGUCACCGAAUUUUACGAACCCAUGGUCAUGAUAACUGUGAUAACGCCAGUUGAUUAUAUGAAUGGGAUUACGUCACUCUGUCGAGAAAGACGGGGCAUAGAAAAAUUGAGCAAGACUAUUGGCAGUGACAGAUACAUGCUACAAUAUAUAAUGCCAUUGUGCGAAAUAAUCCUUGACUUUCAUGACACUUUGAAAAGCAUAAGUUCUGGUUAUGCUAGUUUUGAUUAUGAAGAUUACGGCUAUCAACCGUCCAACAUCGUAAAAUUAGAUAUCCUUUUAAAUGGAAAAUUGGUGGAAGAGUUAAGUACAAUUGUGUAUAAAGACAAAGCAAUGCAGACAGGUAAAAAGUUGUGCAUCAAGCUUCUAGAGACUAUUCCUCGACAACUGUUUGAAAUAGCAAUUCAAGCAGCAAUAGGAGGUAAAGUGAUCGCAAGAGAAACUUUAAAAGCUUACAGAAAGGAUGUAACAGCGAAAUUGUAUGGCGGUGAUGUCACUAGAAGGAAGAAAUUGCUGGCGCAACAAGCGGAAGGAAAGAAGAAAAUGAGAAAAAUAGGAACAAUUUCUUUACCCCGAGAUACUUUUAUAAGCGUGCUAAAAAAAUAAUAGAGUUUAUUCUGUCAUUAGGAUUGAAAACAGGCUUUUACAGUUUUACAUUUGAAUUUUGACCAUACGUGAAUUGAGUAGUAAAAUAUUUACUAAAAAUUAGUUGAAAAAGUUUCCUUAUUUCUUGAUUAUUUUCAUUGUUGAGUUCAUAGAUCGCAAAACGAUGUAAGAUUUUUCUGUUCAACUCAAACCUUCAUACGAGCAAGGAUUAGAUUAUUAUCGGAACUUGUAUAUUCUAUGUAAAAUAAAUUAUUUAUAUAAAUUAUAU